AUGAAAGCCGGACAAUGGGACCCUAAACAGCAAAAAGUCGUUAUCAACGACAUACCCAAGCCCACCCCAGAACCCUACCAAUUCCUUGUCAAAAUCCACUCCGCAUCGCUAUGCCACUCCGACCUCGGAAUGAGCCUUCGCCCAGACUACCCCGUGACCCUUGGCCACGAAGGCGUCGGGCACAUUGAAUCUCUCGGCUCCUCAGCCUCAGGCCACGGGUUCUCCGUCGGCGACGCCAUCGGCUUCAACUACUUCACCGGCUGCUGCUACACGUGCGAUGGCUGCCAAGUGCACAAUCUGCGGUGCGAGACGGGGAACCAGAAACUGCAAGGAUUUGUGGCUGAUGGGUUUUUUGCAGAGUAUGCAGUUGUGGAUUGGAUGAAUGCAGUGAAGUUACCUGAGAACCUUGAGAUGAGGAGGGCGGCGCCGCUAUUUUGUGCGGGGAUUACAGCGUUUCAUAGUGUGGAUUCGUGUGAGUUGGAAAAGGGUAUGUGGUUGGUGGUUGUGGGAUGUGGGGGAUUAGGGCAGUACGCUGUGCAGUAUGCUAAAGCGAUGAGUAUUAAAACUAUCGCCCUCGACAUCAACGACUCUCAACUUGCCAUGGCGAAGAAACUCGGCGCUGAUGCGACUUUCAACUCCAAAACGAAUUCAAACUAUAUAAAUGAGAUUAAGAAACUCACAAAUGGAAAGGGAUGUCACGCAGCGGCUGUCUAUUCCGGUUCAAGCAUGGCGUAUGCUGGCGCACCAGAUCUCUUACGUACUGGAGGGUUGCUAAUGGUUAUUGGAAUUCCACCAAAAGGAUUCGAUUUUAUCACUGCGUUUGAUUUGACGACGGGCCGGUAUCGGAUCAAGGCCGAGAGCACGAGUAUUCCGCAGAGGAUGAAGAAGGCGGUGGAGUUUACUGGUAAACAUGGUAUACAGCCUGAAGUCGAGUAUCGUAAAUUGGAGGACUUGCCAAAGAUGGUGGAGGAUAUGCAAAAUGGUAUGGCGGAGAAAAGGCAGGUUGUUGUGUUUUGA